AUGCGAACCUUCAUGGGUAAAUCCAACCCUGAUGACGAAGUAUGCAGGCACACGCCCAGGUCUGCUGAACCUGUAUGCAUAGUAAAGGAAGCCAUGAGUGCAUUGGCAUUACCAGUAAUAAUGAACAGCAACCUUGGGUACGAGCAUAGCUUUCCAUUAUGCAUAUCGUCCCAAACAACUUCGUCCCCAAUCGAGUCAUCCUCGCCAAGACGUGCAGCAACUCGCCUAUCAUACUUAACAGCUGCUUCCAGAAGAAUCUCAAAAUCUUCAUCGGCGGUCCUGCAUAAAAAUAUUGUUUUCUACCCAUUCAUGUCAAUCUAA